AAAAUUAUUUUUGAGAUAUUCCGUGAGUAAAUUGCUAUUUUCGUCAGAAUGUCAUCGUAUUUGGCACGUCUGUUGAAGGCUCAGACCGCCUCCAAACGACUCGUCUCGCAAUUGGUGCAGCGCAAGGGAAAACUCAGUUCCCUGCUGCAGCGCGUGGGACUGAAGAAGUGGACGGAUACCGCCGCCGCACGAGCAAUCUCCACAACUCCAGUACUAAAGGCGGAAAUGGCCGAUGACAUGGAACUGGCCACCGGUAUCGCUAAGCGUGAGAUGCAGCUGAAGGAGCAGGGCUGCGGUGAUCCCUGGGGUCUAGGCAAGAUUCUAAAGCGGGGCUCUGGCAGGCUGAACGAUCCUACCGAGAUACCCUCGGCAUUUGAUGGUCGCCUCGUCGGCUGCCUGUGCCUGGACGACCGUUUCGCCAAGUGGAUGUGGCUAGAGGAGGGACCACCGAAGCGUUGCGAAUGCGGGCACUACUUUGUGCUGAAGAAAGUGCCACCCGUUUAGUGAGAAACAACCAACCACACAACACAUUCCAACGCACACUCUGAACACCGUCUGCUAUUCAGCGUACACAGGUCCUUUCUCCCAUUUAACUUUACACGGGUCCACGCACACACCGAGCAUUGUAAACCAUUGAUAAAACAUGAUAUUAUCAAAAACAAA